UUCUCUGAUUCUAUCUCUCUCUCUCUCUCUCUCUCUCUCUCUCGAUCUCUUCCACUCUGGUCUUCAAAUCCAAACUCCAACGGUAACAUAUGAAGUUCUUCCUUUGAGAAACCUUCUUCCCCAGAUAUCGAGAUAAGGACGGAAGGGAUUCAGGAACCGGUCUAUUAACGGCUAUAUUUCGGACUGCAUCUUCUUGUUUGCUUCCCUACUUCCUCUGUUCCCCCCCAAAAUCUCUUCAAUGGCUGUGAUCCGAAGAUGCUAUUCUCUUUCUCUUCUACUUCUUCUUCUCUCAUUCAUCGUAAUCACAGUUUCAAUGCAUUGCAAUGCAUUAGCAUCUUCAGAUAAACCCUCGGAAGCAACUCCAUCUUCACAUUCGAGGAGAAAUCCAAAUCUGAAAUCGAAGCUCGACAGGAAAACGCCUCUGUGGUGCGUAGCGAAGAACAACGCCGAAGAUUCAGCUUUGCAGGCGGCGCUGGAUUGGACUUGUGGACAGGGAGGUACCGAUUGUGGACCCAUACAGCAAGGAGGUCCGUGUUACGAUUCAAACAAUCUCCAGAACACGGCUUCCUAUGCUUUCAAUGAUUACUUCCUCAAGCAUGGAAUGACGAGAGAAAGCUGCAAUUUUGGGAACGCUGGAGAUCUCACCUCCUUGGAUCCAAGUCACGGGAACUGCGUAUUUCCAUCAAGUUCAGUAGUAAUCAGCGGGAGCUUUGGAGGAACAGCUCAGAUAGGACCAACGGGAGCAGAUAUCAAUGGUUGUGAGGCCGUCGGCAGGUGGAGUUGGACCUUAAUCAUCUUCCCUGUGGUUUUCACAUCUACACUAGCCUUGUUAAUUUGAAUAGAGAGAGAGAGAGAGAGGGAGAAUUAAUUCUAUUUGGUUGUAGCCUGUAGCUGUAGGUAUUGCCUUGAUUGAAUUACAAGUUUAAAUAGGGUCCCCAAGAUUAACACUCCAAAACCAAGCCAAAGUAACCAAGCCAAAGUGCUUCUAAUUUCAGAUUUUUUUGCAAAGCUGUACUCUAAUUACUAAUGUGAUAACCUAUUUGGGGACAUUUUAAAUUUUAAUUCCAUUCUCAACUCUCUUUGGUAGAGUAUGCUUCUA